AUGGAGAUAUCUACCAAUAAUGUGGAUUUAUUAAUCUGGUGGAAAGGUAAUUUUGGAGCUGUGGCACCUGAAUUGACAAAAGUUGUGGCAAGAGUUCUUUCUAUUCCUACCUCAUCAGCUGCAGCAGAAAGGAAUUGUUAUACAAAUGUAGGUGAAGAUAUUGAUGAUAGUGAUGAUGACAAUAAUGAUGAUAGUGAUGAUACUGUUGAUGAUAGUGAUGACAAUGUUGAUAAUGUUGAUAAUAGUGAUAUUGACAGUACGAAAAUGAAUUAUCUGUAA